AUGGAGGAGGCAGCGAUUCGAGCGCUUUUGAAUUCGCUGUUGAUGUGCAGCGCGGCAUUCGAGGGUUUGCAGCCUAACGCAGCCGAACUCGAGGUGUUCGAGUUCAAGGAUGGCGGGAUUCAGAUGCAAACGUUCACUUGGAACGAAUCAUUUGUGUCGUAAGUUGGGGUCUGUGUCAGUUUUGCAAUGAAGAUUUACAGCGUUUUUUGGUCCAUUUUGUACUGAACCCGCUAACAAGGGAAGUACCCAAGCGCGAAGCUCAGAUUUUCUUUAAAUUUUGCACACACGUCGGGUAUGGACUUAAUAUCAAUUCCUGAAAGUUUUAGCUCACGCUUUACAGGCUCCGCCGCGAUAUUGAAUGGUCUUUUCCGUCGAGAGAGUACGCUAAACGCGGAGAGCGGUCAAAGAGAAAAUCACUUUUUGGCCAUAACUUUGCUAGUUUCGCGCGGAGAGAAUUGAUUUUUUGUGGAAACAUUACCCGUUACGGUAGAAAUAGGUAUGAAACUUUUCGUGCCGAAGUUCGGCAGAAAGCUUCUAAGUAUGUGCCGAGUUGCAUAAAAAUCUGAGCGUCCCAGAUGGGUACUAGUCCAUUCGUAAAGUCGCUGGAAUGUUUUCGGCGACAUGCACUCCGCGAAAACGAAAGUUCACUUUGCACUGUGCAAUUUUUGGCUUUUUGCACAGUGCAAUAGGCUUUUUCGGGCUGUCGCCCGCACCCUGAGUUUUCUUGCACAGUGCAUGUCGCCGCUGAACUCUGGAAUGGACGUCGCAACUACGCUCGACCCUUGGAAAAAACGUGUUUUAAUUAACGCCUUUUCUGUUUCAGAACGCCAAUUAACAUUGAGUUCGACGGCACAAUUGAGGGCGCCAACGUGCAGAUGGUGGUGAAUGGGGAGAAGAUUGAACUCGGUGGUCAAGUCAGCAUUAAAAAUUCCCUCGGAAUUCCGGUGCAAGUUGCAUCUUCAAUUGAUAUGGGACGUAUUUUAGCAAUUGCCCCGUUGCCGGCGACACAAACGAAAUCCGCCUUGUAACUCGAUCAACUUUGUGCAAUUCCGGCUACUACGUAUACCGAGUCCAGGACAAGCUCUAUGGGCUUGCAAAUCAGGCUGAUAGGUACUCCUUCAUUUUCGGUGUUGAUGGAUCCGUGAUCGAAGAGAAAAAAAUACCCCUAGUGGUGAACGAUAAAUUGGGUGUGAAUCAAACCAAAGGCACCCUUGUGUACAAAGACGGCUAUGGGAUGUGUCAGGAACUCACUGCCGGUUCUCUGUCUUCAUCCUGGGAAUCCCGUUUUUGCGACGACGAGAAGAUUACUCUGGUUCCCAAUGAAACAUCCGGAUGGCAUCAUGUCGUAGGCUUUGACAAAACAGUCAGUUUUCUCAUGUUCGAAUUUCAGCAAUACCUCCAAAUCGUCCACUACUGCAAAUUGAACUGGACCAUUCCCCGAGACGAGCUCAAAAACGUCUACGUCCGGUUCCUGUAUAGGUAAGUGGAAGAAUAACAUUGUUUUGAUUGGUCUUUAGACCCCCACCACCAAAGGCCCGCAGAAGAGGUCUGCUGACGGAGAGGGGAAAGGUGCUCGUCGGCCUCUCCGCCGGGUUCCUUGGAGUUGUUCUCAUCGCGUUUGUUGGUUCCGCUCCGUUCUGGGUAAGUUGCGGCUGAUGGGAUGUUUUUCCGGCCUUGUUUCAGUGGGGGACCUGAUCCAGUGGCAAAAAAUGUACCAUUUUGUAUCCGGGAAGUCUAAAAAAUGUGGUAGAAUGCUGCCCUCUGCAAGUGAAAAAACUCCAUUUUCAAAAGCGCGCCCUCUCUUUUUGAGAGGGAAAGGGCGCCCUUCAAAACGGAGUUUUUUCACUUGAGGAGGGAGAUUUUCUUUCGCCACAUUUUUGAGACUUUCCGGAUGCAAAAUGGUACGUUUUUUGCCACUGGAUCAGGUCCCCCACUGUAUUCACCGUUUUCGCAGCCUGUUCGAAAUAAGCUUGUAUUUUUUCAGUACAAGUGGUCGCCAUGGGGAGGCGCUUGGAGAAGAGAAAAGAAGCCCGUGCCAAAUACCAACCUCCAAGUAAGUUGUUUGCUUUUGUGGAGUUUUGCGACUUUGUUUUAAAAGUCUAUGCUGUCUACUUUCAGUCGCCGUCUGAGGACUUACCGCGCGACUCGUACGGGUAAGAUUUGCUUCUUUUUUUUUGAUUUUACAAAGCUCAAAUGGAAGGCCAACGAAAUGAGGCCCCCAGAAAAAGAACGAAGAGGGGAAAAGUUCCUUAUUUUGGCCACAACAAAGGUACUCCGCGAACUGCGCCCAAGCUUGGGCACUAAAGUUAGGAAAAAACGCUUUGAAUUAGCUGGCACUGGAUAACUAUAAUAGCUCUAUAGUUUUAAGGGUACCUACGAAGGCUACGACGACUCGUUUAGUUCCAUACGGUUUAGUUCCGGACAUGUUUUAUCGUAUAAAGUGUAAAAUCACAGGCUGCAGCCGUUUUUGAAGGGUAAGGUGGUACGUAAAAAAGAAGGUACCUCGCUAACUAAAUCCACUGUUCGGGCAUUGACAACGAUGAAUUGAGCGUGCACGCUAAAUUUGGGCUAAUUCCGACCAGUUUCCGCAGAGUUAUAAGUUGUGGCCAAAAUAAGGAACUUUUACGCGGUUUUGUGCGGGUGACGUGAGCAUGUCGCGCUGUUUUUUUCGAUUUUUGCAAAUUUUUUUCAUUGUAUAAAAUAUCAUUUGGAAUAUUUUUUGAUACUUUUAAAACACGAUUUCUGACUCACUGAAUCAGCCGUGUGCAAGGCCGGGACAUAGGAAAUUUUCGAUUUUGAGAUUUACAGCUGGAUAUGUCCGCACCCAUCAUAUAAGUGUGUUCCUGAAGCCUUUUGCCCUAAUUCUCCCGUUAACCUUGUUUUAUUUACAAUUUAAGAAAUUUACAGUAACGUAAAAUAGCUCAAAAUUGAGAAGAUACUGAGCCGUAAAAUUGUCACCGUAUAUGUUUUUGGGCACUGGGAAUCCAAUGGAGGUGAUUUCGGAUCGAAAGGAUUACUGUAACAUAGCAAACUUACGCUUCGGCCGCACAAAAUCGGCCGUAAAAAAGUUGUUUCUAAAAACCCACAGCUGAAUUUUUGAUAUGUUAAUCAGCAUAAAAUUCUGCCCUAGAAACAUUCAAAAAAAGUCCAAAAAUCCGUGUUGCUAUUUUCGUGGUGUAGUGGAUUUUGACAAAAUCUACCAAUCUGACGUCCCGGGUUCGAGUCCGGGUGGGCGCAAAUCACUGAGAAUUGGUCGGGAAUGACUCCAAUGGAGAGAAUAUAUAAGCUUGAGUUUAUUUUAGGUGAUUUUUAUAAGAUUCUGAAGAGUUUUCAAAUUUUUUGGUAGAAAAAAGCCGAAAAUACAACUUUUUGACAAAUCAUAUUUUACACUGUUUUUUUGUGUUCAUGACACAAUAAAAACUUAUAUGUAACAAUUUUAAGGGGUUCUUCGACAAUCCCACCCGUUAAAAAAUUUGUUUAAUGUUGCACUUGACACCUGAUAAGCAGGAAGUGGAUAGAUCUUCCAGAUUGCACUUUCUUUUGCUCUGACUUGCCAAAUUGUCCGUAAAUGGUAUAACUAGCAUAAAAUUUCAAUUAUUUGGCGGGUAACCACAAGAAAUCUAGUUUGAAAAUGAAAUUUUCUCCGCGUUUCAUCAAUUGUUCUAUAGAAGAAAAUCACUUCAAUAAUGAACCGUUUUCUGAAAAAAAUGUGAAGUAUGGUCACAAAGCAGUGAAUUACGUUGUCACUAGCCACGAUUAUAGUUCCCACAGAUGUCUGUAUGAGGCAAGAUUAACAGAUACCAAGUAUAAUGUCCAAAUACUCAGGAAAUGGUUUCUACUUGUUGGAGACUCCUUACAAACACUACAUAUACAUUCUUAUUGUGUCAUGAACACAAAAAAGCAGUGUAAAAUACGAUUUGUCAAAAAGUUGUAUUUUCGGCUUUUUUAGGCAAAAAAAUCUGAAAACUGUCAGAAUCUUAUCAAAAUCACCUAAAAUAAACUCAAGCUUAUAUAUUCCCUUCAUUGAAGUCAUUCCCGACCAAUUCUCAGUGAUUUGCGCCCACUCGGACUCGAACCCGGGACGUCAGAUUGGUAGAUUUUGUCAAAAUCCACUAUACCACGAAAAUAGCAACACGGAUUUUUGGACUUUUUUGAAUGUUUCUAGGGCAGAAUUUUAUGCUGAUUAACAUAUCAAAAAUUCAGCUGUGGGUUUUUAGAAACAACUUUUUUACGGCCGAUUUUGUGCGGACGAAGCGUAAGUUUGCUAUGUUACAGUAAUCCUUUCGAUCCGAAAUCACCUCCAUUGGAUUCCCAGUGCCCAAAAACAUACAUGGCCACAGUUUUUCGGCUCUACGUCUUCUCAAUUUUGAGCUAUUUUACGUUACUGUAAAUUUCUUAAAUUGUAAAUAAAACUAGGUUAACGGGAGAAUUAGGGCAAAAGGCUUCAGGAACACACUUAUAUGAUGGGUGCGGACAUAUUCAGCUGUAAAUCUCAAAAUCGAAAAAUUCCUAUGUCCACGGCUAAUUCACCGAGUCAGAAAUCGUGUUUUAAUGGGGGUCUCUUCGUUCUCUUCUGAGGGCCUCUGCUGUUUGGAGCCUUUUCGGUCUCAAUCGCGCAGUGCGAAUCGUUUUUUUUGCAUUUUCGCAUCGUAUUAUAUUUUCAGCAACGUUGACUGCAACUUGAGGAUGGAGAAGUCAGCAUACGACAUGCAGAGGGUCCUGGACUUGAAAGACAGCUUUAAAGACGAAGAUUUGGGGUUGCAUCUUCCGCAAACCAUCUUCGACGCGUCUACCUAUCACCAUGUUGCGAAGCUGAGUCACGGCAGAAUGAGCGUCGUCCACAAAUACAGCGUGCAUGCAAAACCGUGUGAACUGUUUGCCGCCGUCAAAUUCACGGUCGUCAGGGACGAGAUGGAGAUGCAGCGGGCCAAACAGGAGGUAGCACUGCUCCGAUUCUUUUCGGAGUGUAAAUCCCACCCGAAGUGAGUUUAUUCAGUUUUUUUUUGACUCUCGAUACAUCGUUAUAUGAUUUGAGGGAGGGAAAAUGUUUUUUCGCAUAGAAAUAAAAACGCCUUUUCCUAGAAAACUUAUGCUUAGAAAAAAUGAUAUUUUUCGCGUCCCGACAUUUCGGGUCAGGGACAACUCGGGUCAACGUCACCUCGGGCAACGAUACCGUUUAAUAUUUUCGCUUCGGGACUGGGAAAAAAGAAUUUUUUGGUGAAUUUGAACAAAUUUUUGAAAUGUUUCCGCUUCGGGACUCGGAAAAGAGAAUUUUUUGGAGAGUCGUUCCGAAUGUUGCAAUUUUAUUUUACAACUUCUAUGGGGUGUGGAGUUACAGGUCGAGAUAUAUAUCAAAAAAUUCGCAAAAAUUUUCUGAUUCAGAAUAUAUAAAAAUUAGCUGCCUAUUUUGGUCUAUUAACGAGUUUUAUCAAUAAAUGUAUUUCUCGAGGAAAAAAAUCUGCGGCAACAAAAGCGCGCUCGGUCUCUUCCUUCGUAAGAGAGCGGUGUGGCCGAGUGGUUAGAGCGCUAGAUUGGGAAUCCGAAGGGGACGGGUUCGAUUCCUUUUGCCACACUAGAACCCAUUUUUUACAUUGGAACUACUUUUAAGGUGUAGUUGUAAUCCAAUUUGAUGUUUUAAGGCUUGUCAAGGCCUGAAAAUUUAUUUUAGCACAAAACAAAAUUUUUUUAUUGGUAAAAACACGGUCAAAAAGACACUUGCAUUGUGUCGCGAGAAAACUUCUGAGGACAAAAACAUGUCAUCAGACUUCUGAAUCAGAAAAUUUUUGCGAAUUUUUUGAUAUAUAUCUCGACCUGUAACUCCACACCCCAUAGAAGUACUUUCCUUGUUAAAAAUUUUUUUAUGGAUACGAUUUUCUUGUUUGAUCUUCGCUUAUGCACUAUUUUCAUAAAAAAAUAAAAAAAAAUAAACCUCAAUUCUCAAAAAAUUCUUUUUCCCAAGUCCCAAAGCGAAAACAAUUCAAAAAUUUGUUCAAAUUCUCCAAAAAACUCUUUUUUCCGAGUCCCGAAGCGAAAAUAUUAAACGGUAUCGUUGACCCGAAAUGUCGUUGACCCGAAGUGUCGUUGACCCGAGUUGUCGCGACUCGAGUUGUCCCUGACCCGAAAUGUCGUAGCGCCAUAUUUUUCAUAGAAAAAAUCAUCUUUAUUUUAGAAAAGAAUGGGGUUUUUUUCCAAGAAAUUGUAAUUCUUAGCACAUUUUUGUAUAAAGUUACUGCAAAAAAUGCGACCAACGCGUUUUUUAAAUUCCUCUUUUUUUCAGGGAUUACGGAAAUCUUCACCUUGCAGAUGUGUGCGGUUAUGGCCACUAUCCGAACCUUUUCUUCUACAUCAUGCUUUGCUACAAACGCAGUAUUCAGGACGUGUUGGAAGAUCUUCCGUGUUCAAACUACGGUCAGAAGCUGAACGUGUGUUAUCAAAUGCUGCAGGGGAUCCUGGAAUUGCAGCGCUUGGGAUACGCGCAUGGCGACAUCAAGCCCGCGAAUUAUAUGCAGUGGAAGUUGGAUGAAAACAAGGUGGGUUUGGUGGGGGAAUUGAAGCAAUGCUAGAAAAUGACAAUCAUUUACUAUUCUUUUUUGAACCGUUGCAGAAGAAAUAACCAGCGAAAUGUGUUUUAUCGAUCUGAUAUUUUUCCGCGCUUUAUUACGCCAUGUCUGAGGCGCCUCUAGCUGUUAAAAAAAUCAUUACAAAAAAAUUUGCUUUUUUGACACCGGGUUUUGCUCACAAAAAAAGUUUGGAAUGAUGUGCACUGUGGAAUUCCAAUUUUUCUGUUUUUUUUCCUUGUUACCAGAAAUUGCUUCGUUUCGUCCCGAAAACAAGAGAAUGGCCAAUUUUUUCAGCUUAGCAUCGUCGGCUUUGGGUUUGUGAAGAAAUUUGGAGCGAAGCGUCCCGCCGGCUGCGGCACCCUCGAGUACAUGUCGCUGCCCGCCUUGCGUGGCCAGGAGGUCAGCAUGGUGGACGACAUGCAGUCCUGGUUCCACUGCUGUGUGGUGGUCCUGACGGGCGAGUUCGCCUAUUCUCGGCCAACCCCUGACGAAACCGAAGGCCUGGUCGAGUUGUAUUUGAAGGCGCAGACCGAGGACGUUCCGCAGUACCCUUCAAAGGAUGACGAAAUCAUCGCAAUGCUCAGGAACUUGAUCUGGGACAAGCCCCCGGGCAAUACGAUCGAUAUGGCCGCGGUUUUGAAGACUCUGGAUGAGGUGAGGCUUUAUUUUUGUUUUUUUAUUAUUUAAAAAAAUUUUACUUGUUUUAUUUUCAGUUCCGAGUCAAGUUCGAGUUCAACUACACGGACCCCUGGUGGGAUUCUCUCCCCACGGAGAAACCAUCCAGCGCCAAAUCUGAAACCACCAAGAAGUCGAAGAAAUCGUAG